CAAUACAUAAAUUUCUCUCGGCUUUCAAAAGAAGAAGACGUUUUAUAAAAGAAGGAGGCCAACAAAUUUCUUUUGUUUUCAUAUCUUUUUGCAUACGAUUUCCACAAGAUAUGUCGUCUAGAGGUCGUUCAAACACAAAUUCUUCCAGGCAUAGAGAUACAAAUGCUCCCAGUGAAACUACUGCGAGAGUAAGUAAAUUAUUUUUUUCUGUUUUCUAAAAAAUUUCAUCGUAGGUAUUUUGAUUACUUUUACAGGAAAAUAAAACUAAUUAUAGAAAUUUUUAAAAUUUGUAGACCAGACAGAGGUAUAGAUGGUCUCCUGAACAAGAAAAAACUUUGAUUGAGUUGUUUGAUCAUGCAAUUUCCAUGACUAAUUACACUCUUAAGGAUCCUCCGCCUAUUGGUCGAGAGUAUAUGGUUGAAAAAUUUAACCUAGCAUUUAACAUGAGUCUAAGUUAUGGGUUUUUCAAAAACAAACUUGAUGAGUUUAAAAAAGCGUACAAGAGAUGGAAAGAGCUCACAAGAUACACUGGUAUCACCGUCGAUCCUGAGACAUCCACGAUUUAUGCAUCUGAUGAGUGGUGGAUGCGCGAGAGUUGGUAAUAUAUAUAUAGUAAUUCUUCCAUUUAUAUUUACUAAUACUAACACACAUACACGUUAUAAUAUAUAUAUAUAUAUAUAUGUUUUAUAGGGAUGCAAAAUAACAACUAAGUUCAAACGACAGCCGCCAGAGUAUUAGGAUGUGAUGAAACGAUGUUUUGUAUUACAUGAUGUUUCGUCGCAACCCCAAAAUUCCUCCCGACAAAGAAGAGAAGAUAUAAUGAACGAGGGACUUGAUGAUGAUGCAACACAUGAUUACUCAUACAACGAUGAUGGUGACAUGCAUCAAACACAAGUGCCCGAGACCCAAGAAGAUGAAGAAGUGUAUCGUGUCAGCGUUAAUGAUGAUACACAUCCUUCGAAUGAGUUUGUGCCUAAUACAUUCCGAGUACCUACUAGAAGAAAUGAGCAACAAAACAGAGUAAACUCGCAGUCUACUGUCAGGCGUGGGAAUAGUUCACAUCGGUCUAGUGGAAGUUCAGCAACAAAUGUUGGAAGUGGUUCAAGAGAAAAUCGUAGACGACAAUCUUUUGAGACAACUAUACAAGAUACUAUCAGUGGCUAUAGAGAGUUCCAACGACAAAGUUUACAACAACUUCGGCCGGGAAAUUUUGAUCAAGAAGAUUAUGACGAAUUCAAAAAGGCGGAAGCAAUAUUUCUUGCGCUACAACUUCCAAAGAAAACUAAAUUCUACUGGGCAUGCAUCGAUACGCUAAAAGAAUUAAGAUUUUGGCGGCGGUAUUUCAUUGAUAUAGCUGGAGGCACCGACGAAGAUAAGAUAGAACUGUUAGAAGCUAUGACUAGUGUUUCUCGGAACGAUCAAGAUUUGCCAAGAAGAUUGGGCUCAGGCCACUCUUAUGGAGGUUCACAUUCAACAAAUCCUAAUUAUCAACAGUGGAGCUCACCACCAAACGCUCCUCAAUGGGGAACACCAAACGCUCCACAAUGGGGAACACCACCAAACGCUCCACAUUAUGGAACACCACCAAACGCUCCACAGUAUGGAACGCCACCAAACGCUCCACAAUGGAGCACACCACCAAACGCUCCACAAUAGAAUUCACCACCAAAUGCUCCACAUUGGGGAUCAUCGCCAAAUGUUUCA